UUUUUGGGUUUCAAUAGGGUAUAUUCUCCGGUUCUUCUCCUCUCUCUUCUCUCUCUAAAAACAUGUAAAAUCUUUCACACUGUUAUUCACCUUCUCAUAGCUUUAAUAUACAUUCAUAUUUAUUCAAGAGAGAGAAGAGAGAGAGAGAAAAGAGACUUGAUCUUUUGCUAAAUUGGGGAUUUUCAUCUAACCAGUCAAAGGCCAUACCAAAAACUCUUUCAGUGGUGUUUAUUCAUGGCGUGAGGUGUUGAUGGAACUGGCUUUCUAAAGAAUACAUAGAUUAACCCGUCUCAUUGCAGGUUCAGGAUGUCUUGAUUUCAUUGCUGGACACUCUGAAAUACUAACUUGGAAGAACUUUGAACAUUAUUCACUAGUACAUAAUUUUGGCAAAAGGUCUUUGCGGUCGUGAGUGGUAGAGAAUCAUCCAAACAAUACGGACUAUCGUGAGUGAUAGAGAACCAUCCAAACAAUACGGACUAACUUAUAUCAGCUAAUGGAGGACAUAGUUCCAUUAUCAUGUCAGAAGCAGCAGCACAUCCCUGCUAGGAAACAUUCAUUCAGUGGAUGCUCCAAAGAUCUAUGGGCUGCUGUACAAGAUGGGUCUGUAGCUGAUUUUGAUUCGUCUUUGGCAUUCCUUAAGAAGAGUGGGGGAAAUAUCAACAUUAGGAAUGCCUUUGGCCUUACCCCUCUCCAUAUUGCAACCUGGAGAAAUCAUGUCCCAAUAGUUAAGAGGCUACUUGCUGCUGGUGCAGACCCUGAUGCGAGGGAUGGGGAAUCAGGAUGGAGUAGCCUUCAUCGCGCCCUGCAUUUUGGUCAUCUUGCUAUUGCUAGCAUCCUUCUACAGUCUGGUGCUUCUAUCACUUUGGAAGACACCAAAUCUAGAACUCCCAUUGAUUUGUUGUCAGGACCUGUUUUACAGGGCUUUGAAAACAAAAAUUCAGCUGCUACGGAGGUUUUCAGUUGGGGAAGUGGUGUGAAUUAUCAACUAGGGACUGGAAAUGCACACAUUCAAAAGUUACCCUGUAAAGUUGAUUCUCUUCAUGGGUCAGUCAUCAAGUUGGUUUCUGCAGCAAAAUUUCAUAGUGCAGCCGUCACUGCCCGUGGAGAACUCUAUACUUGGGGUUUUGGACGAGGUGGCCGUCUUGGGCACCCAGACUUUGAUAUACAUAGCGGCCAAGCUGCGGUAAUAACUCCACGACAAGUGAUCUCUGGUUUAGGGGCACGUCGAGUGAAAGCUGUUGCUGCAGCUAAACAUCACACUGUUAUUGCAACAGAGGCUGGAGAAGUUUUCACUUGGGGUUCCAACAGAGAGGGUCAACUUGGGUAUACUUCAGUAGAUACUCAACCCACACCUCGUAGAGUGAGUUCGCUGAGGUCAAAAGUAGUUGCUGUUGCUGCAGCAAACAAGCACACUUCUGUAGUUUCUGACUUGGGUGAGGUUUUCACCUGGGGAUGCAAUAAGGAGGGUCAGCUAGGCUACGGAACAUCUAACUCGGCUUCUAACUAUGCCCCAAGGAUUGUUGAGUAUUUGAAGGGAAAGAAUUUUGUUGGAGUUUCUGCAGCUAAGUAUCAUACGGUUGUUCUUGGAUCUGAUGGAGAGGUUUUCACUUGGGGCCACCGGCUUGUUACUCCAAAGAGAGUUGUGAUUGGCCGGAAUCUAAAAAAGAUGGGCAACAUCCCGUUGAAGUUUCACCGUAAGGAACGUCUUCAUGUGGUUGCAAUAGCUGCUGGGACUACACAUAGUAUGGCUCUUACAGAGGAUGGCACAUUAUUUUAUUGGGUGUCAUCUGAUCCUGAUCUGCGCUGUCAACAGUUAUAUUCACUAUGUGGUACAAAUAUAGCGUGCAUCUCGGCUGGGAAAUAUUGGACAGCUGCGGUUACUGUGACAGGUGAUGUGUAUAUGUGGGAUGGGAAGAAGGGGAAGGAGAAACCACCUGCUUUAACUCGGUUACAUGGGGUUAAAAAGGCAACUUCAAUUUCUGUUGGGGAGACCCAUUUGUUGAUCAUUAGUUCUCUAUAUCAUCCUGGUUACCCACCCAAUAUGUUGAAGAAUGGUUCUAUGCUCAAGCCGAAGAUGGAAAGUGAUACAGAUGAACUCGAUCAAGGUUUUAUGUUUGAUGAGGUUGAGUCAGAGGAAGUACUGUUUAUCUCAGAAAAGGACACAGUCAAAAAUAAGACUGCACCAGCCUUAAAGAGCCUUUGUGAGACGGUGGCUGCAGAGCAUUUGGUGGAGCCACGGAAUGCUAUUCAACUGCUGGAAAUUUCGGAUUCACUAGGGGCAGAAGAUCUAAGAAAACACUGCGAGGAUAUUGCAAUCCGCAAUCUUGAUUACAUAUUUACAGUCUCAGGCCAUACAGUUGCAAAUACUUCAGUUGACGUAUUGGUUAUGCUCGAGAAAGUGUGGGAUAUGAAGUCAUCUGAACCCUGGAGUUAUCGUCGGCUUCCAACUCCUACUGCCCCCUUCCCUGCCAUAGUAGAUAGUGAAGAAGAUAAUGAUGAUAUUGAGUCUCUUAGGACGCGUGAUCACUGUACAAACAGGCCAAUGUUGAGACAAGAGAGAGACCAGAGAUUAGAUAACUUUCUACAGUCUGAUGAAGUGAAAGACGGGGUUUUGAAACAGGUACGUGUUUUGAGGAAAAAGUUGCAGCAGAUUGAGAUGCUUGAAGAUAAGCAAUUCAAGGGGCAGACUCUUGAUGAUCAGCAAAUUGCUAAGCUUCAGACAAGGCCAGAAUUGGAGAAGUCUCUUGCUGAGCUUGGUGUCCCAGUAGAAACGCUCCAAUCAACAGUUUCAUCCUCUGUUCUUGCUGAUGGAAAAGGGAGUAAAAAAGUGGACGUACCCAAGAAGCAAAGGAGAAAGAGCAAACAAAAGGCAGUACCAGUGGAGGUGGCGUCCAAUAAAUGUGAAAGUGCAGAAUCCAGCCCCAGAAAGGGUGCCUUGGGUGUUCAAAUUCCUGAAGUCCAGUACGAGGAUGACCACAAAGGUUUGGAAGGAGCUGCAGCCAAUCAAGAUGCAAAAGAUUCUCCCUUUAUCAUCAAGAGAGACCUUGGAAACAGCCUUAAUAGUAAAGGUUCGUCAGCUGUAGCAUCAAAGAAGAAAAAUAGGAAAGGUGGACUUUCCAUGUUUCUAAGUGGUGCUCUUGAUGAUGUUCCCAAAGCUGUAGUUCCACCACCAGUUGUGCAAAAAAGUGAAGGCCCUGCUUGGGGUGGUGCUAAGGUUACGAAAACCUCUGCAUCUCUUCGAGAAAUACAGGAUGAGCAAAGCAAAGUAAUAGAUACAAAGCCCUUGAAGCCCAGGGACCUGGUAGAAGAUCCCUCUGGUGAUAGUAGUGGUGGUAAAUUACGGUUGAGUUCAUUUUUACAGUCCAAUCCGAUACCCAUGUCACAUACAGCACCUGUCUCUGAUGUGGAAAAGAACACCCCUCCUUGGGCUGCCUCCGGUACGCCUCCUCUUUUACGUCCAUCUCUCAGGGACAUCCAACUGCAGCAGGUAAAGCAACCGUUGGCCCUCUCUCAUAGCCCAAAGACAAGAACUACUGGCUUCUCUGUGAUGACGGGUCAAGGCUCACCAUCAGAAUCUAGUUGUCCGAGUCGCUGGUUCAAACCAGAAGUUGAAACACCUUCGUCUAUCCGUUCAAUACAGAUAGAGGAAAGGGCUAUCAAGGACCUAAAACGAUUUUAUAGCAAUGUUAGGGUAGUUAAAAACCAGUCCUAAUACUGUUUGGCAUUCUUCAUGUAAUGCCUAAUCAGAACAAGUUUCUAAGAAUGCCAAGACAGUUUGGCAUUCUAUCUAUAAUUCCGACUCUGCUCUCUUUGUUCCGCUCGGCUAAGCUUUGCCCGUAAAUAGGUGUACAUUAGGCCCUAAGAUGUUGGUGUUUGGAAGAUUAGAUUUCUUGUUAUUUCUCUUCUUUUGGGUGUUCUCUAAAAAAUAAUUGGAACUCUAGCCGAUUUUGGUUGGCUGGUAUUCUGUUCACCCCAUUUUGAAUAAGGAGCCAAUAAAGGGCAGUGUAAAUAUAUGUAUUUGUCCAUGUCUUUAUCUUGGAUAAGUAGAAAAAGUUAUUGGUCAGUUUUCAUUUUUUUCUUUGUCCCAAUUAUUUUGGGUAUGGGGUCUAGGGGUAGGGGAAGAACUUGACAGGAUGAAUGUCGCACCUCUUGGAUGGAUGAGAUGUAGUGGUCUAGGUGAUUUUAUUGCCUUUCUCUUGUUGGGUAAAAACAAGCUGCCUUUACUUUGCAGUUUGAGUUAUUUUAUGGAGACAUAUUGGACAGUGUAAUCACAUUUACAUUUCAAAUUGUAGACGCCUAAAACUUACACUGUUGAAA